UACUUGGUACUCCUUUCGAUUACUGUACCACAGCCGAUGCCCUUGCUUCCCACCGGCUCCACCUCCUGUCGUCUCUGUCCAAUAGCGCAGUGCACGAAAUCGGUAGUCCGCAAGAUCUACCGCUCCGUAUCAAUUUAGGGCAUUCGAAGUAUUCUCACCAGUGUCAGGAGAAGGAACGACAGACAUGGGAAGUCUUCGCGAUCCACUGUUGGCCAUGGUCCUCGGAGUAGAAAUCGCUGCUUUCUCUGCUUCUAACCUUCGGCUGCGGAAGGAAAUAGUCGUCGCAGUCAGCUUACAGACUUGAAGGCAGUCACUGCAUUAUCAUAAACGGCGGACUAAACAAUUCGCUCACAGGAAGAGCAGCAAACCUACUACCGCGCUGCUGACGAGCACAUUUUCUCGUGGAAACCACCGCUCCGCCUCCUCAUAAAGGAGAAGGAAGGUGGACUGAGGAACCGCUUGCUUGUACCCAAUAGGCUAUUGGGUUCAAGCAUUUGGCAAUAGGCUAUUGGCAAUAGCAUGGUCUGGGUUUAAUUUCCCGCGUCACCAAAAAGGUUGAGCAUGUCGACGAUUGCGCAUUUUACGGGUUAAGUCCACAUUUCCUCCUACUCACGCAAGCAUAAGAUUGAAGCCGAGAGUUUCACCAUUCGAGCAAGAAACAUAGAGGUCAAAAGUUUGAGUCAAAAGUUUCAUCUGCAGGUCAGAAUUGGAAUUUUCUUUCGGCACGUGGCAUUGCCAUAAAAUAAACCAUAAAUCGUCUUUUGCUUUGUAUGAAACUUAAAGAUCCACAUAUUUUGUUGUGUCAUUCUGGAUUUGCUCAUAUUGACCAUCUAGGCGUACAUGAAAACAAGGUACCUUGUCGCUUCCUCUUCCAUUUUAAUCUUUACUUUCUGAUAAGAUAAUUUCGAAAACCGAAUAGGAUUACCCAAUUUGUUUGCUUGUUUGCCAAAUACUUUGUCUGAGUUGACCAUAAUCCAGCAUUCUGUUGCAUUAGACCCAUAUACUUCCAACCAUGUCUUUUUUUAAACCAAGUACGGGUUUCAACGUAGGUCAAUAAAUUGUUGUUCGUGAAUUGGAAUCCACUCCCUCCUUCCAUAAAUAUCUUAACGGGAAAUAAAGCAGGAUCCUGAUUGCUUCUAUAAUAUAAUAGUAUAAAUAAUAUCCUUACGAUGUUUCAAACCUGAAAAUGUGUCCAGUGGCAAAAAUUAAUCACAUAGCCGUAUUUACAAAAAAUUUACGGGGUGACUUUGCGGGAUUACAAAAACAGGUCCUUGCGUUAUCAAACAACAUGCUACGAGACUUCCGUAGAGGCUUCUGGGUAAGUUAUUAACCACCUCAUUGUACCAGAGCUAAUUUCAUCCGGUCAUUUUAGGAUAUGCAGGUGACAUCUUGGUGGGGCUUAAAACUUUUGAUAUAGACUACUUGCAGUUCGAAGGUCAAUAUUCCAAAAUGAUCACUCCCAAAUGCUCUAUUUCAAAACACGCAAAGUUCUAAAAUGUUACUCUUUUGCUCUCCAUAGACCCUGGGAAUUUUACGACUUACUGUAGUCAACUCGUGCAAUUUUAGUUCUUUUGAUGAAUAGCAAUAAAACCUCAGUAAAUAUAUUUGAAAUGACAUAUUGUAAUAUCUUGCGCACUGUCCAUAAUCUUAGUUUGACUAAGAAACUGCAGAUAUGCAAACUCCAAUUGUCCAUAAAAGGCAACUAGGAGGCAGUACAAGAUAGACAAGUAGACUUUCAUGGUUGAUUAUGUGAGGUCUGUAAAGACCAUGUAGACUAGGUCAUUGCUCUUCUCGCUCAAGGUCACUCUUCCGAAGGCGACAUGGUAAAAUUCUGGGAUAUUUUUUUCCUACUAUGUUUCAUCCGUAUGGAUAGUAGUUUCAUGACUAGAUUUAGGUGCAAUCCAAGUGUGGAUCAAAAUCUAGCAAUGAUUUCUUUGUAAAUCAUGUAAUAGAAAUAUUUUAUAGUCUAUAGAAGGUCAUUGGGUAUUGGGG